UGCACUGAGCAUUAUCACUGGGAAAAGCAGGCUGCUCCUGUCCUAAUGCACCAUGAGGAACCUUCAGCUACUCCUUGUCCUGUCCAUUGGCUUUGCUGCGCUUGCAUUUGAUUCCUGCCCAAGUGACCGUUGUGAGGACUCGUGCAAGAAUCGCUGUGGAGACAAGCCGAGCAAAACCUUCAGCUGUCAGUGCAAUGAGAAGUGUGAGCAGUAUGACGACUGUUGCCAGGACUACCACUUGUGCCUAUACAAAGACCCUUCCUUAGACGAAUCCACUCAUCAGAGCAAAUCAGGUGGAUCUUGCAAAGGAAGAUGCACAGAGAAAUACAACAAGAAGAACUCUUGCCACUGCAACAAGAAGUGCGAUAAAUUUGGCAACUGCUGCAGUGACUAUGGGACAGCAUGUGGGGGGAAAGCCAGUAGUGACAAAUCUGCCAGCGCUAAUAGUGUCGGUGAUGGCAGCAGCAGCAAAAGUCGCAGCGGUGAGACAGACAUCAGUAAUGAUGAGAUCAAAGCAGUAUCAGAGAAGCUGUACAAACAGGAUGUUAACAAAGCAGGAGAAUCAGACAUUAUACUGAACAAACAAGAGAUGGCACAUAAUACAAGAGAGCAAGAGGAUCUCUGUGAAGAACCCUUGUACAAAUACGUAAAUGAACAACUUUUCAAGCGUCCAACCUAUGCUGCCUUUAUUGCUCUGCUGGACAAUUAUGAUAGGAAGACAGGAAUAGAUGAGUCCUACAGCGCUGCUGAAAUAAAGGAGCAAGAGCGGUUCCUGCAAGAAAUCAUGAAAACCCAAAUUAUGAAAGAACUUUUCAGUUUCUUCCAUUCAAAGGGGCUGUACCAAACAGAGAAGGAGUUUGUGAAGGACUUGCAGAAAAUGUGGUUUGGGCUUUACUCACGAUCUACAGGGGAGGCAGAUUCAAGCGGAUUUGAGCAUGUGUUUGUAGGGGAAGUAAAGAAAGGAAUAGUGUCUGGGUUUCACAACUGGAUCCGGUUCUACAUGCUGGAAAAGAAGGGUCUAUUGGAUUAUUAUAGUCACAAUUUUGAUGGGCCGUGGACCAGUUACCCUGAUGUGCUGGGGCAGCAGUUUUACUGGGAUGGUUUCUAUAAAGAAGUCGGCAGUCAGUUCAUUGGUUCCAGUCCUGAGUUUGAUUUCAGCAUAUACACAUUGUGCUUUAUCAGUCGGCCAGGCAGGAAAUGUAAAAUCAGCUUGGGAGGGUAUGGGCUCACUAUACAGACCUACGUAUGGACCAAGACAACCUAUGACAACGGCAAGAAGUUCAUUGCAACGGCUUACGCUGAGUCUUAAGCUGAUAUCGGAGAACUUUAAAGAAUAAGGGAUCUGAUUUUAUUUUAUUACUAGAAACCUUGAAUGAUCUAUGUAAAUGCAACAAAGACACAGACCUAUAAGCAGACACAAUUAUUCUUCUAUAUGAGAGUAUUAAAAAAUGACUAAAACUCUCUUAUGCCCAUUAAUUUCCAUGAUGCCAUGCAUGUUUGAGCUGCGCCAUGGCCCAGGGGCAGAGGACUCACUCACUGCUGCCUGCCCUACAUCAGGCUGCAAUCCCAGGGUUUCUCUAGUAAAGUGAAAGGGAUGAAAGGAAUGGUGUAGGGGAGGGAAUCAGGAAAAAUAUUAGAUCAAAAACCUCACAUUAUUCUAAAUGGCACAUACAUAACACUGAAUUGCUCCAGUGACACUUUCCCUCUAACACUUUCCAUACCCCAUUCACUUCCCCUAUGUGCCAUUCCCUACAGAACACUGAUUCCCUCACAGACAUUACUGUUACCCAAUAUGCACAGCAUCACAGAACAUUGGCACAAAUAAGAAGAAUAAAUGACCAUUAAACUACCCUGGUAAUUGUUA